CCGGGAGCUCUGGAAACCUGUUCCAACCUCUGCCAGUGACUCCCUUUGAAAGACACAUCUAAAUAAAUAAAUAAAUAAAUAAACAAACAAACAAACCUAGGAGGCCACCAUUUCCUGUCCGAGCCAUAAUCUCCACUUUCAUUAUCUGAGUGUUCAUUAAUGCACGCGAUUCCCUUCAAUAAACAACGGAGAAUAUGGCUCAAUCCGAACACAAAGGCUGGAUUCUGAACUGGGGCGAAGAAGAUGCUUGGUGCUCAAGCUCGGGAGGGAAAUAUUCUUUGGGGGCUUUCAGUAUAUUUAGUUGAAUAAAAUUAUUUUCUUUGCACGGUUAAGAAAACAGAUAUUUGUUUACAAAGUCGGCCAGCUCAGAUGCCAUCGCUGAUUCAUUCCCCUUCCACAGAUUUUAAUUGCUCCAAAGUUUUCAGUUCUAACAUCAAUCAUUCUCUACCUUUCAUAUAGGAAUAUAGAAAGGACUGGGGUAGUCCAACCCCCCGGGGUGGGGAGCGAGGGGGAGGGGAGUUCGCUGUGUGAUGAUUUGCAUAUCUUCCAGAGUGGAGAUCCUAACUUUGGAGAGCUGCCCCUUUUUUUCCAGCUGCCACGGGGCACUGCCCCGGGGGCGCUCGCGGCCGCCGCUUGCCGCACUCUUUUACGCUUUGCAGUUUAUUUUUUUACAGUAACACCCUCUCGUCCUUCCCCUCCUCCCAACAUGUCCCACCUCCCACGUUCCCUCAGCCACGUUAAAGGUGGUGUGUGUGUGCGUGUUGCCAUCCAUCUGUCGGGUGUGCAGGCUCGGGGUUGUUUGUAACUUUGCUGGCUCGGUCGCUGCGGGUCCCAGGGGAGCGGGCUCCACGUUGCUCUCCCAUUGGCCGCCGAGCCGUCAGCUGGUGCUAUUUGCUGCUGUCGCUUUUGGCGCUCGGCCAUCCAGAAACAAACCAGUUCGAUGACUACUAAUAGUUAUAGCCAGAUGUACUAAUACACAACAAAUCACAGUCCUGGAGAGGGGAGAGCAAAUGAGUUCCUAUUUUGUGAAUCCCACUUUCCCUGGGAGCCUGCCUAAUGGCCAGGACUCUUUCCUCGGGCAAAUCCCCCUUUAUCCAGCUGGCUAUGAUGCUCUGAGGCAUUUCCCAGCUUCUUAUGGGGCAACAAGCCUGCAGGACAAGACCUACACCUCACCUUGUUUUUACCAACAGUCCAACACGGUCAUUACUUGCAAUCGGGCAUCCUAUGAGUAUGGAGCCUCGUGUUUUUAUUCUGACAAGGACAUAAGUAGCGCCUCUCCCUCCGGCAGUGGCAAGCAGAGGGGACACGGGGACUAUCUGCACUUUUCUCCUGAUCAACCAUACAAAUCCGACAGUGUGCAAAGCAAAAUUUUAAAUGAGGAAGGCAGCGACCGGAAGUACACGAGCCCUGUUUAUCCCUGGAUGCAGCGGAUGAACUCCUGCGCUGGUACAGUGUAUGGAACACAUGGGAGACGGGGGAGGCAAACUUACACCAGAUACCAAACGCUAGAGUUAGAAAAGGAAUUUCAUUUUAACAGAUACUUAACCAGAAGACGACGGAUUGAGAUUGCAAACGCUCUCUGCCUUACUGAACGACAAAUUAAAAUAUGGUUUCAAAACAGGCGAAUGAAAUGGAAAAAGGAAAACAAACUCAUACAUUCCACACAGCCCAGCGGCGAAGAAACAGAGGAAAAGUCAGGGGAGUAGAAUAAUGCUUAAUAAAAGUUUCCAGGCCUUUUCCUUUUUAGCAUUUUUUUCUUGUGUUCCUUCUGCUACUAAAAUCCUAUAGGUUUUUCACAGUCUGUUGACUCCCAAAGGCUUGAUUAAAAUAUAUACAUUUUCAA